AUGAUGAUGAUGAUGAAGAUGAGAAGGGGAAACUAAUCCUUCAUCAUGCCGUCGCUGCCGUUGUCUGUAGUUGUAGAGUUCCAUCCAGUGACUGCGCGCGCUCACACUGGAGCCACGCACGCGAGGAGUUUAACAGUGACCCCGGUUUUCACACAUGGAUCAUAUGACGUGAUGUUUCCCACACACAUGCACGGAGCAACAGCUGGACACAAAGUAACAAAAUCCGUGAUGUCCAGCACUGAAGCUCAAACCAUGCAAUCUCUUCACCCCGGAGACUCGACAGUCAGGAAUGGACAGGUGAAGACUAAGAUGUGGCCUGUAGUCCAAACUUUUUAAACCCUUUCCAUUCCAUUCUUUUUUUUUUGGCCAUAUAACGAAAAAAAAUGCCUUUGAAUAUCAGAGCCAAGCCGCCGCAGAGCAAACUGUCCGCGGCCACGAAAAGCAGCGUCCAUGUGGACGCUACCUCGUCUCAUUCACGCUUCUCCAGGUCUCCUAAGCAGGUGAAAGGCAAACAGGCUUCAGCCUCAACACCAGGUUGCCGCUCAGGGCUGGAACCAGGAUCAGUGUUGGGAGGCGUUUCUGCUCCAGUGUCUAAUAAAACAUCAGAGAGUCCACAGCUGGUGUCACGGCCAGGUUCAAAGAGCAAACCUGUGGGGAAAAGAGUGGCUCAUGGUUCUGCCACAGCUCCUGGUGGUAAAACUCUGUCCAUGGAGAACAUCCAGUCCCUGAGUGCGGCCUACGCCACAUCAGGAACCAUGUACCCGAGCGAGCGGGAUUCCCUGGAACCCUCUGUCGGGUUCCCCAGAGGCACCAUGACCCUGGGCAGGAGCACCCGCCGCUCCUCCUGCACUGGCCGCUCAACCAUGAUGGGCAGCAGCCCGAACAUCACCUCCUCUGGGCUGCCUCACUCAUCAGAUCCUUACGGGGACCAGAACUUUCUGUCAGCAAGGACGUCGAGUCUGCGGCGGCAGCCCAGGAGACACAUUCAGACGCUGGACUCUGCUGGACAGGGAGAGGCGUCCACAUUCGAUCUCCAGGGUCAGCUGAGGGAGCUGCAGAGGGAGAACGACAGUCUGAGGAGGGAGCUGGACGGAGGCAGGGACGGGAAGACCGGCACCAACAGCGUCAACUUCUGGUGUCCGGACGUAAAGAGGGAGAAGGGGACGAGGCGGGAAGAUGGAGCGAGGACGGCGGCUCUGAAGGACCACAACAGAACAAACCACGAGGAUGUGCAGCACGAGGACCUGAGAAGAAACCAGCAGCUUCCGCUAACGGUGCAGGAGCUUCAGGAGGAGCUGAGAGCUCACAGGGACAUGAACGGUCGUCAUCAUCAGCAGCAGCAGCAGCAGCAGCAGCAGCAGCAGCAGCAGCAGCAGCAGCAGCAGCAGGGACACCCAGGCUCCUACCUGGACCUCCAUAUGGACCAGGACCACCACAGAGGCGUGGGCCACAGUCCCAGAGUCAGUCCGUCCAACACCUAUGAGCGCAGGCACCAGGACGCCGACGUCAUCAUCCACAGCCCGGGCUACGGCCUCAGCGCCGCAGUGACCUCGCAGAGACUCAGCCCGGCCAGCACGCUUCAGUCUGGACUCAGGCCCGGCCUCGCUCACACGGCUCCAUCUGCAGUGGCGGCAGUGUCAGGCUCCGCCUCCCCGCGUCCCCGCAGCCCCUGCCAGGUUCCCGGCUGUGACGGCUUCUCCUCCUCGCCGUCUCCUCUCGUCCCGUCGGAGGAGAACUACGUGCGGCUGCAGUCGGAGCACGAGCGUCAGGCCACGGAGCUGCUGCUGCUGAGGAGGACCAUGGAGGAGAUGGAGAAGAGGAUCGACUCUCAGCGGCAGACGCUGGGCACACGCGACCAGAGCAUCCAGAGGCUGCUGGAGAUGCUCCAGGGUCAAGGUCAAGGUCAAGGUCAGCACAGGGGUCAUGGGCAGCGAGCGGGCGGCAUCAUCACAGCGGCGGCGCAGGAGGCCGAGGCACAGCUGGAGAACAUGCACGUGAGAGAGAACACCAACCCCCCUUUCUGUUUUGACCCUGACGUUAUCUGGCAGGACACCAAAAUCUCCUCCCUGGAGAGGAACAUCCGAGACCUGGAGGACGAGGUCCAGAUGUUGAAGACCAGCGGUCUGCUGCAGCCCGACGACAGGCAGGACGAGCUCAAGCAGGUGGACGUCUACAAGAGUCAUUCCAAAUUCAUGAAGUCUAAGGACCAGGCCAUGUCUCCAUGUGUGUCCUCCAUCAGACAAGCUCCCACCUUCCUCCUCCCUUCACAACAGCCUUGGAUCACAGAACAAGCAGAAAUAGAGCAGCUGAAGCAGGAGCUGAACAGGAAGGAGUCGGAGAUGCAGGCGCUGCAGACCAAACUGGAGACGCUGACCAACCAGAACUCAGACUGUAAGCAGCACAUCGAGGUGCUCAAGGAGUCGCUCAGCGCCAAGGAGCAACGGGCCAGUACACUGCAGACAGAGGCGAUGGAAAGUGAUUCCUCGCCGUCAUGA